AAACUGAUUGAUGAAUCUGUUUUCAUCUGUUUUUCUUAAAGCAGACACAGAACUUGUCUUAGUCAAUCAGCUGAAGAGUUGGAGAGACGCUCAGAGUUACUGUAGACAGAAUCACAUUGAUCUGGUCAGUGUGAGGAACCAGAACGAGAAUCAACAGAUUCAGCAGAUCAUUAGUGACAGACAGUUAUCAGGAUCAUGGAUCUGGAUCGGUCUGUUCAGAGACUCAUGGCAGUGGUCAGAUCAGAGUAACUCUUCAUUCAGAGACUGGGACACUGAUGAACCUGAUAAUAAUGGAGGAAAUGAAAACUGUGCAGCUCUUAAUGCUCAGGGACAAUGGCAUGACGUCUCUUGCACCAAUCAAUAUCCUUUUGUGUGUUAUGAAGAUCCUGAACUGAUUGUGAUCCGAGAGAAUGUGACGUGGUCUGAAGCUCUGAGAUACUGCAGACAGAAUCAUGUGGAUCUGGUCUCGGUUCAUUCAGAAGAGAUGCAGCGUCGUGUGAUGAACGUGGUUAAACGUGCGUCUACUGCGGAGGUGUGGUUGGGUUUACGUUACUCUCACAUUUUGGGCAUCUGGUUCUGGGUGAGUGAAGAUACCGUGUGCUAUCAGAACUGGGCUCCAGGGAACGGCACAUCAGAGGAGGACUGUGAACACACAGUGAGAUCUGGAGCAGUUCAGUCUGGAGGAGAUCAGCGCUGGAUCAGCCUUCCUGAGACUCACAAACUCAACUUCAUCUGCACAACUUAGAAAGAGUAAAGAACAUGUGAAUGCCUGUAUGUUUAUUUCCACUAUCUUACUCUUUAAAGGUGUGAAGGUUAAAUACAUGUGUACUAUUUUUCUACAGAUAAUGUUAUAUACAUAGUUCAUGCAAUCUUUCAGUAAUAUAUUACUGAGCUGUGAAGUGUAGAUGGUCUGUAUUUCUCCAGGUGGAUGAAUCUGUGUAGGUGGUGUUUGGUUAAGGGCUUAGAGUUAGAACUGCUGUUUUUAAUGUGUUUGCUUUUACAAACUCUUUCAAAAUGUACUUUUGUGUUUUAUUCAGUAACGGCAGAAUUUUGAGACAUUCAUCUGCCAGUUUAAUUUUAUUAGGGGUCCA